GGAGGAGGGAAAAGGAGGGAGGAGAGAGCUGUGGCGGCGGCGGCUGCGCCGGGGUGUGUGUCUCUCGCCGCCGGAGGAAGAUGAGGCUGAAGAUUGGGUUCAUCUUACGCAGUUUGCUUGUGGUGGCAAGCUUCCUGGGGCUAGUGGUCCUGUGGUCUUCCCUCUCCCCUCGGCCGGACGACCCGAGCCCACUGAGCAGGAUGAGGGAAGACAGAGAUGUCAAUAACCCCAUGCCUAACCGAGGAGGCAAUGGAUUAGCUCCUGGGGAUGACAGAUUCAAACCUGUGGUACCAUGGCCUCAUGUUGAAGGAGUAGAAGUGGACUUAGAGUCUAUUAGAAGAAAAAACAAGGCCAAAAAUGAACAAGAACACCAUGCUGGCAGAGAUUCCCAGAAAGACAUAAUACAGAGGCAGUAUGUCACAUUUAAGCCUCAGACAUUCACCUACCAUGAUCCUGUGCUACGUCCAGGGAUCCUCGGUAACUUUGAACCCAAAGAACCUGAGCCUCAUGGAGUGGUUGGUGGCCCUGGAGAAAAAGCCAAGCCCUUGGUUUUGGGACCAGAAUUCAAACCUGCUGUUCAAGCCAGCAUUAAAGAGUUUGGAUUUAACAUGGUGGCAAGUGACAUGAUCUCACUGGACCGCAGCGUCAAUGACUUGCGUCAAGAAGAAUGCAAAUACUGGCAUUAUGAUGAAAACCUGCUGACUUCCAGUGUUGUCAUUGUCUUCCAUAAUGAAGGAUGGUCAACCCUCAUGAGAACCGUCCACAGUGUAAUCAAAAGGACACCAAGGAAAUAUUUAGCAGAAAUUGUGUUAAUUGAUGAUUUCAGUAAUAAAGAACACUUAAAAGAAAAACUAGAUACCUACAUUAAACUGUGGAAUGGCCUAGUGAAGGUAUUUCGAAAUGAAAGAAGAGAAGGUUUGAUUCAAGCUCGAAGUAUUGGUGCUCAGAAGGCUAAACUUGGACAGGUUUUGAUAUACCUUGAUGCCCACUGUGAGGUGGCAGUUAACUGGUAUGCACCACUUGUAGCUCCCAUAUCUAAGGACAGAACCAUUUGCACUGUGCCGAUUAUAGAUGUCAUAAAUGGCAACACAUAUGAAAUUGUACCCCAAGGGGGUGGUGAUGAAGAUGGGUAUGCCCGAGGAGCAUGGGAUUGGAGUAUGCUCUGGAAACGGGUGCCUCUGACCGAGCGAGAGAAGAGAAUGAGAAAGACAAAAACUGAACCAUAUCGGUCCCCAGCCAUGGCUGGUGGAUUAUUUGCUAUUGAACGAGAGUUCUUCUUUGAAUUGGGUCUCUAUGAUCCAGGUCUCCAGAUUUGGGGUGGCGAAAACUUUGAGAUUUCAUACAAGAUAUGGCAGUGUGGUGGCAAAUUAUUGUUUGUCCCUUGUUCUCGUGUGGGACACAUCUACCGUCUUGAGGGCUGGCAAGGAAAUCCUCCACCCAUUUAUGUUGGAUCUUCUCCAACCCUAAAGAAUUAUGUUAGAGUUGUAGAGGUUUGGUGGGAUGAAUACAAAGACUAUUUCUAUGCUAGUCGUCCUGAAUCAAAAGCAUUGCCAUACGGGGAUAUAUCUGAGCUGAAAAAAUUUCGAGAAGAUCACAACUGCAAAAAUUUCAAAUGGUUCAUGGAAGAAAUAGCAUAUGAUAUCACUUCACAUUACCCUUUACCACCCAAAAAUGUUGACUGGGGAGAGAUCAGAGGUUUUGAAACUGCUUACUGCAUUGAUAGUAUGGGGAAAACAAAUGGAGGUUUUGUUGAACUAGGACCCUGCCACAGGAUGGGAGGGAAUCAGCUUUUCCGAAUCAAUGAAGCUAAUCAACUCAUGCAAUAUGACCAGUGUUUGACAAAGGGUCCUGAUGGAUCAAAAGUUAUGAUUACACACUGUAAUCUAAAUGAAUUCAAGGAAUGGCAGUACUUCAAGAACCUGCACAGGUUUACUCACAUCCCUUCAGGAAAGUGUUUAGAUCGCUCAGAGGUUCUACAUCAAGUGUUCAUCUCCAAAUGUGAUUCCAAUAAAACGACUCAAAAGUGGGAAAUGAAUAACAUCCAUACUAUUUAGGAAAAAAAAAAGAAAACAAUAACCUACCUGCUGACACAUAAAUUUAUACAGGACUGAAAAACGCCUGAAAACUGCUGCAACUAUUAUUAAUCCUGUACAGAUCCAAACCUGGAACCUCCAGAUCAGUUUGAAGGACAUUGAUAAACUGUGAUUUUACAAUAACAUUAUCAUCUGCAGUUACUGUUUACAAAACUGCUUUUACCUUAAACUUUGUAGAUGUUUACAUCUUUUUUGUUUUGUCUUGUUUUAAGAUGAUACUGUUAUUUGUGCAUUUAGCUCUGUUUUAUUUGGACAGAGUUAAAACCAUUGUUGUCUUCUUUGGGAUUACACUCAGGGGUCUGAAAGGCAGUUUGAUUUUUUUUUUUUUUUUAAACACACUUGAAAAAGGUUGGAGUAACCAGAAUUUCAUAUAUAACUUUGGUGAUUAUCAACCUGUUGUAUCUUUAUUUAAUUUUACAUCUUUAAGAAGCACUGCCACAGGUUAUUAGCCAAGGUGGCCUUCCUUCACAGUCAUGCUGCUUUUUUGAAAGGUGAAUUUCAACACAUUUAGUGCCUCUUUCAUUUCUCAGUAUAUAUUUCAAGAGCUUUUGAUGAAAUUUAUAGGAUGGUUACAAUGGACCUGUCACAUGUAUGAGGAAUAAUUUUACUACUCAGAAAUGAAUUUAUGUGCUACCGUUUGCUAUGAAGUUGAAUAUUGUAUUGCUUGAAAAAGAAAUGACAACAUGGAGCAUCCCAAGGCUAUUCACAGGGUUUGAAGAUUGUGGUGCAUUAACUCCCUCGCCUCCUGGCAUUACCAACACUUCCUUAGGUAAUGCCUAAGAUAGCAAAGGGGUAUUCCAACAUGGAGAAAAGUUGUCCACUGAAAUUUGGGAUUUACUUUUCCCCAGUACCUGUUAUUUUAGAAAACUAUAAAUUAAUAGUUUUGAAAUUGAAAGGUGGGUAAUAAAAUACAAAGAAAUACCACCAUAAACAUGUCACAAGUUCAUUCUGACCUAGGUAAGAAUGUCCAAGUCCUUGUUAGAUCAAGUCUUACAAAACUCCUGUUUUAACCUAAGCAAUCUAUGAAGUCACAAGUGAAUUUAUGUUUCAUUUGUAUCUUCAUCCAAAUGAAAUUCCCUGCAUUUUUUUUUUAAAGGCUAUUUAAGAGUACAGUUCAUUAACAAAUAAGAAUCACACUUUCUGUUAGAUUGGGUGUUAAUUCCCUAGUGUUUAAUUUGUUGUUUUUAGGAAGUGUAUUUUUAUUAGUAGUUUUUCAAUGAAGAGAUUUGUUUUGAGUUAAACAUUUGUCAAGACAGUACCUACUUUAAGAGAACCAAAUACUGCAAACAGUCAAUUUAUAUUUUAAUUUCUACAUAGUCUUUUAUUAUCACAAAGAUUAAAAAUGACUAAUGUAUUUAAAUGCUAAAAAAAAAAUCACAAAAUGAAAUGGGGAAAGGCAAGUAAAUUAAACAUUUUUGAUCUUGUAACCAUAAUACUACAAUGAAAGGAAUUCACAAAGUACUGACAGAGGAAAAUAUUUUUAAUUAAAGUUUAAAAGAGAAAAGAAAACACCAUACAUUUGUUUAAAAUAAACGCCUACAAGUUUCUUUCUUGUAAGCUUAGCUCUUAAAUUUGGAGAGUCAAACUUAGCUUUGAACAUCCUAAACAAAAGUUUCAUUUAUAAUUUUGAAUUGUCAACUUGUAUUUUGCUACUAAUCUGUGAUCAACCAUUUUAACUUUCAUUCAUUUCUAGGGAUGUUUAAAAGGAAUACAUUUAUAUGCUUAUAUAAUUGCAUAAUAAAUCAACUAUAAAAAAAAAACUAAGAGAGAAUUGGUACUUUGAUUACUGUGUGUUUGCAAAUAGACUCCAUUUUCCAUGUUGAAUAGAUUCUAACCUUGUUAACUAUGCAUAGGCCUGAGAAAGGUGGCACAUAAACUGUGCAUGUAAAUUUUUAAAAAGUAUUUUGUGCAAUUCAUUAAAAGUCUAUAUAUUGAAAAUCAGAAAAUUUACCAAACACAAAAAACAUCAGAAGCUGCUGCCAUAAUGACUAUUUUCUACUGUAGGCUGCUUUGAAAAUAAUAAUUCCCAUAUCCUUGCUUUGUAAGUUGAUGAUAUCACUAUGCAUUUCUACACAUUUUAUAAAUUUGAUUUAUGCAGAUUUUGAUACACUGUAUGUUUCUGUAGAAAUUGUAUAAACAAAAUUUUAUUAGGGAUAAAUUUUGAGAAGCUUAUGUAUAUCUAAUUUGGGGUUGCUUUUUAGGUAAGAAAAAAUAAAAUACUGUAUUUUAAUC